UCGUGCAAUGAUCUAACUGCAUCUCGGAUAAGUUAUUUACCACUCAUGUGCAAAAGAAAUCAGCGUCUAGUUCAACGCUGUGUGUAAAGGAUAUUCAAUUGCUUAGCAAGUAAAAUAGAUAGGAGAAUCAGAUUGGUCCGUAAUCGCACAAAAGCUGUUUUGUGUUAGACGCUUUCGAUAAUCAACAUAACAAAAAAUGGCCUGGAGAUCGAAAGGAUUGAAUAAUGCUGACCUGAUCAGGCAACUUCAAGAGUACAACAUUAUCAAGACCGAAUCGGUUGCUCAGGCAAUGAUAGCGACGGAUCGCAAACACUACGUCCCGGAAAACCUGAGCCCGUACGUAGACUCGCCACAAAGAAUCGGGUUCGGUGCUACCAUUAGUGCACCGCAUAUGCAUGCCUAUGCGCUGGAGCUGCUGUUGUCGCAUCUGAAACCGGACAGCAAGGUACUUGACGUGGGUUCAGGAUCUGGUUACCUUACCGCUUGCUUUGCUCGAUUUAUACAUCAGAAUCCGGCUGCGACCGGAUACGUAGUUGGUAUCGAACAUCAUCCGCGUUUGGUUGAGUUGGGUCGAAAGAACAUUGGAAACGAUGAUCAAUCAUUAAUCGACACCGGAAAAGUGAUUCUAGUCGAAGGCGACGGCCGACAAGGGUGCAAGGAUCAUGCACCAUAUGAUUGUAUCCACGUAGGCGCGGCUGCACCCGAAAUGCCACAAGAGCUCAUCAAUCAACUAAAACUAGGUGGAAGGCUGCUGGUGCCCGUCGGUCCUGAUGGCGGAACGCAAUAUCUGCAGCAAAUCGACAAGGGACUUGACGGGAAGGUGACCCACACCAAGCUGAUGGGUGUUAUGUACGUCCCUUUGACCGAUCUUCAGAAAUGAUGCAGCGCUAGAUGGCUAUGCUUAGUGAUGACGAGACUGGUAGCAAUAUUAAUACUGCUCUUUCUCGGCUACACUUUCAUUAAAACAUAUUUUUAGACUAUUUACCAAAUUUGUCAGUUAUCGUGAAAACUAAUGCGCGCAAAAUUGGUUUAUUUGUAUUUUGUUAUAUUGCUCUAAAUCGUGUGUAUUAAGUAAAAAAAAACUCAUUAGUUAAUCCU